GUUGAUUUCUGCAGCCAAUCAUCAGAGUUCGCCAUACGCACGCUCUAAGCGAGUGCACGAGCUGUAUCCGAGGUGGGCUGAGCUGUGUGGUUUUGUAUUUGACUUUGACUCUGACAUCAAGUUACUUUUUAAAAAACCGUUUUCACUUCGUCAAACAUGUCGCCAGCUGGUGCACAGAAGAGCAGUUCUCUGACACUGGUGCUAAUGGUUGCUUCUGCAGCCAGUGGAGGAACUCUUCAAUAUGGUUACAACCUCGCUAUAAUGAAUACUCCAGCAGUUUUUAUUCAAACCUUUGUCAAUGAGACAUUCCUGGAGCGCUGGGACAUGCAGCUGGAGGACUACCAGGUGACUCUGGUCUGGACAAUCAUUGUCUCCAUCUUCUCGUUGGGGGGCUUUGCAGGGGCCCUCAUCGCAGGACCUUUGACCAUACGCUUCGGGAGGAAGAAAUGUCUGUUGCUGAACAACAUUUUCCUCAUGACUGGAGCACUCCUAGCUGUGACAAGCAGAGCUGCCAAGUCCUUUGAGAUGAUCAUUAUCGCACGUGUCUUGGUAGGAAUAAAUGCUGGGAUCAGCAUGAAUGUGCAACCCAUGUAUUUUGGAGAAAGUGCACCAAAGCACUUAAGAGGGGCUGUCUCUUUGUCAUCAGCUGUUUUCACAGCAUUUGGUGUUGUAUUAGGACAGGUGGUUGGAAUCAGAGAGAUUCUGGGCAGCGAGCCAUGUUGGCAGUAUCUUCUUGCCAGUAAUGUCAUUCCUGGCGUCAUCCAGCUCCUUACCCUGCCCUGGUUCCCUGAGAGUCCCAGAUACCUACUCAUCGACAGGGGGGACAAAGAGGCUUGUAUUAACGCUUUGAGACGGCUGCGAGGCUGCGAGGUCCAGAGCAGCGAGCUCGACGAGAUCCUGCAGGAACAAGCUGCGACCAAAGGUAUGAAGCCCCGUGGACCCUGGGAGCUGCUUACUGAUCGCUCAGUGCGCUGGCAGCUCAUCACUGUCAUGGUCAUCAGCAGUGCCAUGCAGCUCUGUGGGAACGACUCGAUUUACUUCUAUGCAUCAUAUGUUUUUAAAGAGGCUGGAGUAUCUGCUGAUAAAAUCCAAUAUAUCACUAUUGGCACUGGUGCAUGUGAAUUCACAGCAUGUAUAUUGUGUAACCUGCUGAUUGAGCGUAAAGGUCGGAGGUUCAUGCUGAUGGGAGGUUACAUCCUCAUGACCAUCUGGGCUGUGGUCUUCACAAUUGCUCUGUCAUUUGAGCACUAUACAUCCUGGAUGCCGUACCUGAGCAUGGCCUGCAUAUUCACAUACAUCCUCAGCUUUGGCAUGGGACCAGCUGGAGUGACUGGCAUUCUGCCGACGGAGCUCUUCGAUCAGACGGCUCGGCCGGCCGCCUACAUGAUCGCGGGCUCCAUGAUGUGGCUCAACCUCUUCAUCAUGGGGAUGAUCUUUCCCUUUCUAAUGAGUGAGUUGAGCGAGUUCUGCUUUGUGCCUUUCGGAGCCGUCUGCCUGCUGUCUGCGCUGUUUGUCGGCCUCAUCCUGCCUGAGACGAAGGGGAAGUCUCUGUCAGCCAUCACAAGUGAAUUUCACAAGCUCAACUUCAAAGGCCAGGACGAAAAGUGUUUGUCGCAAACUACGACUCAGUAUCAGUUGGGUGAAGUGUGUCUCUCAACGGCCUUGUAGACUGACUGCUGAAAAUCAAACACAAAUGGCCCACUGUGAGACUCGAGCUGCUUGAGCUGGGAGAACACAUGAAUGUCUGAACUAUCACAUCCCCACAAACAACUUGGAGCAAUUAUUACUCCUUUAUCUUGAAUGUAUGUUCUAUUCCUAUGGAUGCUUCUAUGAUAUCUUCACAUGGUUCACUCAUUUUCGUCACUGUUUGAUGACAUUAAAAAAGCUACUCAAAAACCACUGAACACGAAGACACUGCAUACAAAGCAGUACUUGAAAACUAGGAUAGACACCAUCUAUCUAUUACAUCUAAAUCAAUAAGACUAGAUAGUGUCUAUCCUAGUAUCCUGUGCUGCUCUUUGAUCUCUUUAUUGUUUAUUGUAAUUAAAAUCACUGUAUAUCCACAGAAUAUAAGUCAUCUGCUCUUUCUGAAGACAAAACACUUGUUUUUAGUUAACAAAUAAAGCCUUUUCUUUA